AAUGUUGAUCUCCCGACACCAAUGCAGCAGAUCGUCUGCUGUCAAUAUACUUGAAUAAAACUUUGAUCUCCAUACACCCAAGCGGCAGUCGUUGAUGUAAAUACUGUGGUAUUAUAGUGUGAUGAUGGAUCUUAAUAGCAAAUAAAUAGACGUGACAUUUAUUCAUUUAAUGCACAUUUUAGUGAAAUAAAUUAUUCCGAUUAGUGGCGAUAUGAUAUACAUAAUGAUGUAUAUUGCGUAUCUCCUGCACGCGACUUAACCAUCGUCUGCAGAUAAAGUUUUGUACCAUAAUCCAACUGCCUCGCUUCACUUGUUAGUAUUUGUUAGAGUCAUUCACACGUGGGGUGCUAUUGUAGUGUUAUAGAUAUGAGUUAAAACGCAGAUUUUAUUCUAUUUCAUUAGGAAUUUAUAAUGGAAAAACAUGCACAAUUCCUCCAAGGAAGUGUGAAAAAGAAAUCCGGUGGCAGGAUUAAAUGUACUGUGUGGAUAGUAGCCACUGUUGCCACAAGUUUUGUAUUUGUAUUACUUGGAUUUUUAGUAUGGUCAUUAGUUUCAUAUCAUCAACAUGUUGUUAAUUUAAAUUCUAGAGUGGAAUAUUUAGAAAAUGAAUUCUCAAACUAUAAAAAUGAAAUAAAUGUGAUAGUAGAAAGAAAAGUAGAGGAAUUAUUAAAUAAGAAAUUAAAACAUGUAGGAUAUUUACCUAACAGCGAAGAACAUGAUCGGGUCAGACGUCAGAGUAAUUGUAAUUGUCCACCAGGUGCCCCUGGACAGAAAGGAGACCAAGGCAAGACAGGAGACCGAGGUUUCAACGGUUUCCCGGGACAAAUGGGUGAAGGAGUACCAGGACCACAAGGACCAGCUGGACCAAAAGGAGAACCCGGUAGAGGAGAGAAGGGAGAGAAAGGAGUAACUGGAUUACCUGGAUUUAAUGGACUCCAAGGUGAAAAGGGAAUUAAGAGAUCUUUACGACGAUUCCAAGAUACCCUAGAUACAGAAUAUGGCAAUUUAAUAUCAUUAAAGGGUUCAGAUUUUGAAGUCAUAACAAUAAAGGGAGAGCCUGGAGACCCUGGAAAGAAAGGAGACCCUGGAGAAUUAGGACCUCCUGGUCCAAAGGGGGACACAGGGAUAGAUGGAAUGCCAGGAUUUGAUGCUCUACCUGGACCAACAGGACCAGCAGGACCACCAGGACCAAGAGGGCCAGCUGGAAAAGAUGGUCUACCAGGUCGAAAAGGGGAGAUUGGUUUACCUGGAAACCAUGGAUCUCAAGGAGAAAAGGGUCAAAAAGGCAGCAGAGGUAAAAAGGGUAAACGAGGUAGGCGAGGGAAGACAGGUAGACCAGGAGCUAAUGGUUUACCUGGACAGGUGGGAGAACAAGGAGACAAAGGAGACAUGGGAAAACCAGGACCUAAAGGAGGACAGGGAGACAGAGGAACACCUGGGGUAUCAGGAAGUAUAGGCAAGCCAGGACCUAGAGGUUUAUCUGGACUGAUAGGUAAAAAAGGUGAUUUAGGACCAGUAGGACCACCAGGUUUAGAUGGUCUAAUUGGGCCACCAGGAUUACCUGGACCUCCAGGUGAACCUGGCAUAUCUGGAGGAACAUUAGGGGAUGACGGGAAAAGUUUAAUGUUACAUGGACCACCAGGUCCCCCAGGGCCAAUGGGACCUAUGGGAUUGAGAGGACCUCCAGGAAUCAAGGGAGACAGGGGACCAUCAGGACCUAAAGGUGAAACAGGUGAAAAAGGCAAAACAGGCCUCAUUGGACCAAUUGGAUUACCUGGAGCGCAGGGGCCUCUAGGAGAUUCUGGCCCGGCGGGCGCUGAUGGAUCACAUGGUCCUGUGGGCCCACCAGGACCUCCCGGACCCAUGGCAACAGUUGAUGGUGUAUGUUCUUGUGAAAAGGGAGACAAAGGAGAAAGGGGAAGAAGAGGAAAAAGAGGAAAGAAAGGACCAACCGGCGACAGAGGACCUUCGGGUAGUCCUGGGUUAGAUGCCCCAUGUCCUGUUGGAGACAACGGUCUACCUCUACCUGGCUGUGGAUAUGGAUUAAAGGGACCUUGUCCAGUUGAUAAAGAUGGGAAACUACAGUGUGAUAAUAAGCCAUAACUUUGAAAAAGUGAACUGAAGAGAUAUUGACCAGAAAUAUUAACCAAAGAGAAAUAUAAUCAUUUUAUAAUCAUAUAAUUGUUAAUCUUAAUAUCAUUGUGUUUAUUGACAUUAGAAUUCAUCAGUCACCAAACUUGACAUACAUAUAAGACAAUUGUUAAAGGUAUUUUGUCAUUUUCUGUUAUUGUUUGAAGUGCCUUUUGUAAAGUCUGAAAUCCAUGAAAACUCAUGAAAACAUUUGUGAAGCUUUAGUUACAAAUAAAAGACAGCCAUAGUUCUAAUGAUUCGAUAAUUACACAAUUUUAAAAUUAACAUCUCAUGAACGGAGCAUAUUUAGUCUUUGUUAAGUA